AUGAGUAUUUACUUUGCUGUUUAUGGAUGGACAGGAUUGAAGGAGGAGGAAAUAAAGAUAGAGGUAGAAGAUAGUAGAGUACUGAGAGUGAGUGGAGAAAGGAAGAAAGAAGAGGAGAAGCAUGGAGAUCAGUGGCAUCGAAUUGAAAGAAGUUAUGGCAAGUUCUGGAGGCAAUUCCGUCUUCCUGAUAACGUUGAUUUAAACCAAGUUAAAGCCAAGCUCGAAAAUGGGGUUCUUACUAUUUCUGUUGCCAAGCUCUCCCCUGACCAACUCAAGGGUCCUAAGAUGAUAAAUAUUGAUGACCAUACCGCAGCUACAGUUCCUCUUACCGGAGGGGAAGGGAAACAUGAAUUCUGA